GGCCCAAGCGAUCCGCAGUUUUUUGAUCCCAUGGAAGUUCCCAAAGAGAUGAAGGCCUGGAGGGCCCAUGCCUAUGGCGCUGAGGGCAAUCCCGCGGACACCAUCGGCAAGAUGACUCUGGAUACGAUUCCAGUGCCCGAGCCUAAGAAAGGCCAAGUCUUGGUGAAAGUGGAGCUGGCUGCGGUGAACCCCAUCGAUUGGAAGUUAUUCAGUGGAGGCCUCCAUGGCAUUUGCCCGGUGUCUUUUCCCUAUGUCCCAGGCUUCGACCUGUCAGGCACCGUGGCCAAACUGGGCGAGGGUGUCACCGACUUGGCAGUGGGCGACGAGGUCGUCGUGGACCUGGGCCUCUGUGAGACCUGCUGCACAGACACCCCCUGCGGCCCGGCGGGCGCCUUCGCAGAGUAUGCGCUGGCGCUGGCAGAGACCGUGGCGAAGAGGGAUGGAUUGAGUUCCAAGGACGUGGUGGGUCUUCCCCUGGCAGGCCUCACAUCCUACCAAGCCAUUUUUACCGGUGCUGCUCGCGACUUCUCUGGGGCAGAGCUCGGAAAGUUGGAAGCCGGGCAGAAGCUGCUUGUGUUGGGUGGCGCUGCUGCCACGGGGGCCAUUGCAAUUCAGUUGGCAAAGAGCGCAGGCGCCUAUGUCGCCACCACCGCCAGCCCCAACAAGACGCCUGAGGGAAUUAGCAAGAUUGACUACAUGAAGCAGUUGGGUGCGGACGAGGUCAUCAACUACAAAGAAGCCGACUGGGCUGAGGCCCUGGCGGGCAAGGACUACGACCUGAUCUACGACUGUGUGGGGACGCCUGAGGACUGGCCCAAGGCCGCGAAGGUCUUGAAGAAAGGAGGCAACUUUGUGACGAUCGCCAACUUCGGUGAGGCGAAGAGUACAGAGGAUCACAGCUUCAAGGUAUUCCUGAUUAAGUCCAACAGCGAUGACCUCAAAAAGUUGAUUGCGUUGGUGAAAGCUGGAAAGCUGAAGGUGCCCGUGGACAGCAUCGUCCCCUUCAGCGACGUGCAGGCAGUGCUGAGCAAAAGCAUGGGCUGGGCCUCGGCCGGAAAGCUGGUCAUCCAGGUUGCCUGAGCACCUCUCACCAAAGCCAAAGCUGGUGUGAGGCUGAACUUUUGACUUUUGGACCAUUAAAAAAACCUUCCACCACUUUGUGGUGUUUUUUUUCUGAGGAAUCCUGGUUACUUUGAUGUGGUUGACUGUUUGAUCCAUGUCCAUGUUGAUUUUCAGUUGGAUUUUCAACCAUUUAAUGCUGCGAGCGACGGGGGGCCGUUGGUUGGAUGGACCCAACAAGGAAACGUCGCGCUGCGGUACCCACGACUGUGCUGUAAAGAAAGAAA